AUGGAUAAAUCAUUAGUAAUAUUAGAGAUUGGUGGCGCAUACACCAAAUGUGGAUAUUCAGGUGAAUCAACACCAAGAUUCAUUAUACCAACGGAUUUAUCACCAAUUGAUCUAUCACAAUACCUAUCAUCUGGAACUCCUUAUUUUGAUAAUAGCAUAACAGAUAAUAGCAACACUGAUAACAACAAUAAUAAUAAUGAAAAUGUUAAAAAAAAUAGAUUGCCAACAUCAUUAGAAUUGAAAGAUGCAUUAUUUAACUUUUUAAAUAGACUAUUCUAUAAAUAUUUAUUAUGUAAACCAAAUGAAAAAAAGAUUGUAAUUGUAGAGAAUAUACUGAUGCCAAGAUUAUUUAGACAGUCACUUGCAUCUGUAUUAUUUGAGAGAUUCAAAGUUAUAUCAAUACUUUAUUUAUCACCAACUGUAUCAUUAUUACCAUUACUUAGAACCACUGCUUUAAUUAUUGAUAUUGGUCUAAGAGAAUCAAGAAUACUACCUGUAUAUGAAGGUGUUGGAUUAAUGAAAUCAUAUAAAACAAUUACCAAUGGACAAUUCAACAUUCUAUUGAAUCUAAAGAAGAUGCUACUCGAUGAUCUUAUCACUAAGAAUAGAUCCGUUGUUUUGGAUAAUAUGAACAACGAAGCAUUGCCGGUGAAUGAAGCGAAAGCAGCCAUUGAAUCGCUGAGUAACAAUCAAUUGGAGGAUAUCGCCGUAAAGACAUUGGUGGUGUCACCACUGAACCGACAGCUAAGCGCAGUCGGUACACACUACCAACUCUCACAGCAACGAUCGAUUGUCAUCUCCCCAGAGGUGCGUCUACACGCUGCAGACAUUCUCUUUAGCAAUCCAAUGCUUAAUAAUCAACCAACAACAACCACCACCACAGGUGAUAACAACAACAACAACAACAACAAAGAUGACUACAAUAGCUAUUGUGAUAACGACGACAUUGUAGACCUUCUUUUAGAUACACUGGCAGAGUGUGAUAUCGAUAUUCGUAAGAGUUUGACACAUAGUAUCCUCUUGGUAGGUGGUACAUCGAUGCUACCUGGAUUUAAAUCGAGACUAUCACAAGAAAUUGAAAAGAGACUUGGAUCAUCAUUGUCAGAGACAAACACUCAACAACAACAACAAAACAAUAGAUACAAACAACUUAAUGGUCUAUCUAAUCAUUUCGAAUUUAUCAAGCAUGCAUUCCAGCCAAACUAUUUAAUGUGGUUAGGUGCAUCGUUGGUGGGCACACUCGAUUCAUUCUCAUCGCACAGCAGAAUCACCAAUGAGCAGUUCACUAAAUUCGGAAUCAACAAACUGCCUGAAUAUGAGAAAAUGACACAUCUAUUGCCACCAACAAUUGCAACAUCACUGUUCUCCUCUGUUUCAAAAUAA